AUGAAGCUCGCGUCACUAAAGGUCCCAUGCUCCGUGGCUGAUGAGGACCUCUUCGGCCCGGUAGUUAACGCGUCUUGUCACAAUGGCUUCGACUUUACUUUGCUUUUUGAGGAAUUAAUUCUUACUCUGAUUCCAGCCUCUCUCUUCUUUUUGGCGGCGUCUGCUCGUAUUUGGAUUCUUCGUCGCGCCUCGGAGAAGGUCAAUCGAUCAUGGCUGUAUGCAGCGAAGGAGAUUUUCUUUCUACUACAUUUAGCUCUUCAACUCGUUAUGUUGAUUCUUUGGGCCCAGCCACCCACGUCCAAGACGAGGGCUACGAUACCCACAGCCCUGGUCACAUUAUUUACUUUCCUCUUCGCCAUAUAUCUGUCACAUCUCGAGCACAUGCGGUCCCUGCGCCCUUCAACUGUCCUAUGUGUCUUUCUAGGGACAAGCUCGCUUCUUGACCUUGCGCGUAUGCGAACGCUCUCUUUUAUGCCACAUAAUCGACUGGUGACGAUUUUGUUCGCCGUGGGAUGGCUUGGCAAGGUCAUCAUUCUUGUUCUCGAAUCAGUAGAGAAGAGAGCUUUACUGAAGAAACCCUUUGAAGGAAGCUCUCCUGAAGCCACAGGCGGUGUUUUCAAUCGCAGCUUGUUCUGGUGGUUGAAUGGCUUGUUGCGGAAGGGGUCAAAGACAACUCUCACCGUAGAGACAUUGCCCGACCUAGAUGAAGACAUUAAGCAAGCAUCGAACCCUCAAGACCUAAUUCAAAAGUGGAACAAGGCCGACAAAUACCGGCCAAAUUCAUUGCUGUGGACAUUCGCUUCCCAUUACAAAUGGGAUUACAUGGCGGGUAUACUGCCACGCCUUGGCUACACUGCCUUCACUUUCACGCAGCCCUUUCUAGUUUCGCGGGUAUUGGAUUUUAUGACUGAGCCUGAGCACGUCAAUUCCGAUUACUACGCUCGCGGCCUCAUUGCGGCAUAUGCGAUCGUGUACGUUGGUAUUGCGAUUUCAUACGCUGUCUAUACGCACAAAGUAUUUCGGUUCAUCACCAUGGUCAGGGGAAGUCUAGUCACGAUGAUCUUCGACAAGACGCUUCGGAUGAGUACUACGGCCAUAUCAGAUGCGACAGCCGUAACUUUAAUGAGCACCGAUAUUGAGCGCAUUGGAAGUGGGCUCCUUGACAUCCACGAGGUUUAUGGAAAUUUCAUCGAGGUUGUGAUAGCUCUCGGGCUGCUUGCGCGUCUGCUGAAUGUUGCAACAAUCGCAUCAACGGUCGUUGUCGUCCUGUGCUUGAUUGCUGGGAUUCCACUCGCACUUGCGUCCGCUAAUGCGCAAGGCACGUGGCUUGAGGCUGUAGAGGAACGCGUUGCUGUGACCUCCAGGGUUCUUGGAGUGAUGAAGAGUAUCAAGAUGACGGGUCUAACAGAGACAAUUGCCAACAACAUUCGAGAUCUGCGGUCGCAGGAGAUCAAAGCAUCAUUCCUAUAUCGAUUAUACACCGUCAUCAUCAUAACUGUUUCUUGGGCAUCCACGGCUCUGGCCCCAGUUUUUGGAUUUGGUGUCUAUGUUCUGCUGUCUCAGGCUCAUGAGAGCUCUACCUUAACAAAUGGUAUUGCAUUCUCGGCAUUGACCCUGUUUUCACUUUUAGAUCAACCAAUGAUCUCCUUCGUCAUCGGAGCAGAGGACAUCAUGGCCGUUUCCAACUGCUUCCAAAGAAUUCAGAAGCAUCUUCUCGAGGUCGAACGUGCUGAUUGCCGGUUGACACAUCUCUCUCAACCUGCUCCGUUAAUCGAUAUGCAAACAGACGGCAGCAAUCUCACUCCAGGGCAAUCUUGUGCGGUCAUCCGCAAUUUUUCGGCGGGUUGGUCCGUCGAUGACGACCCGGUUUUCAGUAACUUGAGCGUUGAUGUUCCAGCAAAGGGAACUACCAUGAUCGUUGGUCCUGUUGGCUGUGGAAAGUCGACACUGCUGAGGGUGCUACUGGGCGAAAUCUCAGAGAGCUCUGGCACUAUAUCUACUACCUAUCGAAACGCUGCUUAUUGCAGCCAGUCUCCGUGGAUCACAUUUGGUACAGUAAAGCAGAAUAUCGUCGGUGCAUCUCAUUGGGACCGUCGUUGGUAUGAUCGCAUCGUUCAGGCAUGCGCCCUGCAGACGGACCUACAACAACUUCCGGCUGGAGACCAGACCAAGGUCGGUGUACGGGGAUCUCGACUCAGCGGAGGACAGCAGAUUCGUGUCGCUUUGGCGCGAGCUUUGUAUUCAAGAGAAUCCAUCCUCAUAUUGGAUGAUGUUCUGACAGGCCUUGAUCGCCACACUGAAAAUUCCAUCUUAAAGUCGGUUUUCGGACCCCAGGGCCUUGUGGAGGAGACUGAUCAAACCGUCGUUAUGGCGACAAAUUCUGCGCACCAUCUCUCACACGCCGACUUUAUCGUUUCUCUUGACCAGCACGGGAAAGUUAUUGAGAAGGGCUCAUAUGAGGAAUUAAUGGCUUCCAGCGGCUACGUCAGUACUCUUGCCAGCACACCAUCAAAGGCCAAUACGUCCAGGGCUCCGGACCUCUUACUUGAUGAUGAAACAUUGCAGGAUUUGAACCUUGAAGAUGAAGAGACAGACACCACUAGCCGGCAAGCUGGGGACUGGACAAUUUAUCUGUACUACUUCCAGAUCAUUGGCUGGCCGCUACUCUUCUUAUUCUUUUCUUGCGCGGUGUUGUUCAUUUUUGGACUGAUUUCCCCACAAAUUUGGCUCCAGUGGUGGACCACUGCAAAUGAGACUCGACCGAAUGAGAACGUUGGCUAUUGGCUCGGUGGUUAUACUGCGCUCGGGGUCUUGACGCUCCUUUCAUCGUUCCUUGCAAACUGGGUCUUUGGAAUGAUAAUUUUGCCCAAGACAGCUCGCAAAUUCCACGAGAUUUUGCUCAGCACAACCAUGAAAGCCACCACCUCAUUCUUGACUUCGACGGAUAUUGGAGCUACUACAAAUCGUUUCAGCCAAGAUCUAGAACUGAUCGAUGAAGAGCUUCCAUCCGCAUUGGAGCUUACAAACCAAGCAGCUCUUAGCUGCAUUGUUGAAGGUUUCCUUGUCUUCUUCGGUUCUUCGUACAUCACCGCAGCUGUGAUUCCAGUUUGUAUUCUGGCGGUUUACUACGUCGCAAGAUACUACGUUCGCACAUCGCGCCAAAUCCGAAUCCUGGAUAUUGAAGCCAAGGCCCCUCUCUUCUCUCAAUUCCUUGAAGCACUCAGUGGUCUACCGAGUAUCCGUGCAUACGGGUGGGCGGAGCACUAUCAACGUCAGAAUCAAAUUGCACUCGAUGCUUCCCAGCGCCCGUACUAUAUGCUUAAGUGCAUCCAACGAUGGUUGAAUUUGGUGCUUGAUUUGAUCGUUGCAGCUAUUGCUGUGAUUGUGAUUGCUGUUGCGACAUCGAUGAGGGGAAACUCGUUGAAUCUCUUGGGUAUUGCGCUGUUUAACAUUGUUAAUUUCAGUUCUACAUUGCAGACGCUGGUCACGGAGUGGACGGGACUUGAGACUUCCAUUGGUGCCGUCUCUCGGAUUCGCUCCUAUGUUCAGACUACCCAAACAGAAGAUCUGGACUCUGAAACCGAAUCUGUCCCCGAUUACUGGCCUGGGUAUGGCAAUGUUGAGAUAUCGAACGUGUCAGCCUCAUAUGAUGAAACUUCAGAUCCAGUACUUCAAGACAUCAACUUGAAGAUUAACGCCGGUGAAAAGGUCGCUCUGUGUGGUAGAACAGGAAGCGGAAAAUCAUCACUGAUCUCAACAGUUCUGCGAAUACUCGACCUUAAAAGUGGAAGUAUCUCCAUAGAUGGCGUCGACAUCUCACGAGUGUCUAGAUCGCACGUGCGCUCUCGCUUAAAUACCAUCCCACAGCAAGCCUUCUUCUUGUACGGUACCAUACGGCUCAACGCCAACCCAGAGGGGAAUAUGGAAGAUGAAGACAUCAUCAAUUCGCUACGUGCGGUCAAUCUAUGGUCGCACGUGGAAUCCAAAGGAGGCUUAGAUGAAGAGAUGUCUGAGGGCUUCCUUUCCCACGGCCAGCAACAGCUAUUUUGCCUCGCCCGAGCUAUAUGCAAACCAAGUCGGAUUCUCGUCAUGGACGAGGCGACCAGCAGUGUGGAUUCCGAAACAGACAAGCUUAUGCAACAGGUAAUUCGAACACACUUUAAAGACCAAACUAUCAUCGCUAUCGCACACAAGCUUGAUACAAUUCUGGACUAUGACAAGAUUGCAUUUUUGGAGCAGGGUAGGGUGGUUGAGUUUGAUACACCCAAAGCGCUUCUUUCAAGGGAAGGGUCGGCGUUUAAAGCUAUGUUCGAUAGCUUCCGCCAUUCCUCGGAGUGA